AUGCCGUUCGCUAAUCUUGCAUUGAAUACUGGCAUCUCCUUAUGCGACGCUCAAAUGCAAAAUGGUGCAGAAUGUACGUUCAUGGCUUAGAGCUGAAAAUGUGAGCUGUAGAGUUUACCCGCGUGCAAGCUGUAGGCCUUCGUUGCAUGGACGUCGCUAUUGCGUGUCAAUUCAGGCAAUCCCGCGACGACCAGCUAGAAGACGUUAUGGGUCUGUCGCAACAGCCGUGGCCGCCAGUGCUGGCGCGGGGUCGGCAGUUGCAGCGACGUCAUCUGCCGUUUUCCACGAUGGCUGGCCCCUUUGGACCCUUCUGGCAGCAUGCGGUGCCUUUGCCCAGCUUGCGGAGAACCGCACACGGUGGGGUGCGGCUUUGUCAGCCCCGCUGCUGUCCAUGCUAUGCGCGGUGGCGCUAGCGGCUGCCGGCAUCAUCCCAACCGACUGUACGGCGUACGACACGGUGUGGAGGUAUCUGAUGCCGCUUGCUGCAGCUUGCUACCUGCUGGAGACGGAC